AAGCUGCUGAAUUAUUAAUGAACUGAGCAGCUGCCCGGGGUUUGCCAGACCAAAGUAGUCAACUACGAUAACAAGCUGCUACUCUUCAAUCGACAUUGCCCGCUGCUAUUUAAACAAAUCUUACUUUGACAGGUGUUUCACGAUUCUUACGUGUCUUCGCUUAUGGAUUCGUGUUAUUUACUGACAAUUACAUCGCGAGUGAGGCGUUUGACAAGCUCCGUGUUUCUCUGUGGUCGAUUGGGAGUGACUUGGCAGAGAUGUGAAACUCCCAUUGAUUGAUCUCCACAACACUCCCCGCUGACCAGAGAAAACACUCGAUAGCGAAUGCGAGAGGGGAUUUAAAUUGGACAAAUAUUGUCCUCGUUACUUGACGGAUAAGGUAGCUAUCUGUUUUUUCGUGACGGCCGAGGUAAUCCGCUAUUUGCGUUGUUUAACAGCCAGCCUAACAUCGGUCAGUUCGACGUUAGCUAGCUUGUAAUGUCGGCACAGUUGGACUUGUUUUCCCCUCUAGACCCUGCUUCCUGUUAGCCUCGGGCUAGCUAGAAAAAUCGAAAUUAUGCUAAUGAACGAGCAGGUAUAGUUAGCCAACGCAAAGGGGUGUAACUUUACUACUCACAGCUGGCUACCCGCUGCAAUUUAGUUGGAAAUUAUCCACGAAUCUAUGCUAAUAACUUUGUUUCACAGCCAGCUACCAGGGCAGCUGGUUUCCUUUAGUUUGCUAACGCUCGACAGCUAGCCAUCUUGCCUGUGAUGGGGAUUUAAGUAUUUAACUUGACAAGCUUUUAUGUGGCAGGGAGCGAGCGAUAUUCACUUAAGUCGCAUGUUAAUAUAUGUGUCGGUAAUGGGCUCACUAAUUUAGGACGGAAUUGCGUGCGACUAAUGCCUUAAAAAUACUUUAUUUCACCGUGGAAAGCCUGUCAGUGUUUGACUGUGAACAAGACAAUAGAGAACCCGAGACUUGCUAAGCUGUUGUUCUGAUAACGACAAAAAACACAGAUAACUAACUUAGAGAUAAUUGUAUUUUGAUUAAUGUUUUGUUACACCGCAUGCUAAUGCAAGUACAAUAUUUUUUAGAUACUUCUGUACGUUCAUUAGCGGUAAAAUAAAUAAGCAGUUGGCGUUAAGCUGACCCGCACAGAUAGCUCGGGGGACGGUGCAAAUGGUGCUUGUGCGACAUAUGAGCGCUGUGCUUCCCUGAACCCGCAGCUUUCAGGUAUCUCAUCUCAUUAUACCGUAACAACAGCUUUAAAUGCCUCAGAAAACACUCGCAGUAGCCGGUCGUCAUCAGAGGUAACUGGGUGGAUAGAGAGGCGUAGAAGCGGUCUGAAGAGGGAGGCUCCUGCCCAUUUCUGGACGUCCAUCUCUCCAGCCUACCAUCAUCACGUCCAUCCACCACCACCGCCCUCCUCAGCCAUGGACCCCCCGAGGACUCGGUCACGGUCUCGGUCCGGCUUCUAUCAUUUCGGCCUGAACGGCAACGUUGGGAGCAAUGGCAGUGGGAACCCGGUUGGAAACGGGAGCAUGAUGAAUGCCAGCGGAGGAGGAGGGGUGAGCUACCCGCAGCAGAGCAACCCCGGCUGGGCGCCGCACCACGGUGGCCGCAGCUACCCGGAGAGCCAGCAGCAGCACACCCAGGGGAGCUACCUGUCCGCAGGGGCGCAGCGCCACUCUUCGCACGGAGCCCACAGACACCCCGGGGCCGGAGGAGUGCUGCAUUUUCAUCCAGAUAAUGUGUGUAGCGAAGAUCGGGACAAGAUGGAAGACAGCCCAAGCCCGAAAAGGCAGCGUCUUUCUCAGCAGACCAUGUUGGAUCUGAACUCUGCCCCUCCGUCUACUCCUUCCUCUCCCAUUCGCCCCUGGGAGCUGCCUCCCAGUCGCAGACCACACCCCCACUACAUGCCAGAGAGAUGCCAUACGCCUGUUCGCAACAGACGCAGCCCUCCAAUGAGACGCCAGCGUGGCCGGAGAGACCGUCUGACCCGCCACCACCACCAUGCCCACAACAAUCACCACCACUACAACAGCAACAACAACCACCACCACCACCAUCACCACCACCCAAACGCUCACCACCAUCACCACCACCACCACCACCUGCACUCCCACCACGGCCCGUCGCCAGGCCACCAGGACGAGAACUACCGCCACCCGGCUCCGCCUCAGGGCUACCCACCCUACAGCCAGCAACCUCCUCGAGGGCUGGGGCCCGGGCUGGAAGAGCGCCAGGGUCACCAUCCCCCAAAUCCCUCCCCGAGGCCCCUCCACCAGUCACCCAACCUGUCUCCCAGACUGCUGCACCCUGCGGCUCAUCCACAGCACCCACACCCCCACCCAUCACAGCAGAGCAGUGUGGUGCUGGAUCUCCAUGAGCAGGGUUCAGCUCCAGUAUCGUAUCCUGUGUCUCCUCCGGGAGCGCCCCCGGGCCUUCCGCCUCGCUCCGCCCCUCAGCAGAUCCCAGCAUGCUCAGUAGUCUUCAGUGGACAGCACUAUCCGGUCUGCAGUGUCCCUCCUCCUGUCCUUCAGACUUGCUCUGUGCAGCACUUACCUAUGCCCUACCCAUUCCCCUCGCUGCUGUCCAGUGACCAGGCCUUCCUGCUUCCACCUCCUCACCUUCCUCAUCCCCCAGCACACCUUUCUCACCACCCCCCUCACCUGCCCCAGCCUGGACAGUUUGGACCCUAUCCGACGCAGCAGGCCCGUUCACCGUUACAGAGGAUAGAGAAUGACGUGGAGCUGCUUGGAGAACACCUGUCUUUGGGUGCUGGGCUCCACUACCCCCCCACCACCCACCCUGCCCUCACACCACACUCCACACAGCUCCACUUCCUGUCCCAUGACCCCCUGCCACAGGAGUUCUUCGGAGUGUCCUAUCCAAACUUUAUCCCUCGGCGUCUCCCGGGGCGGAGGUACCGCUCGCAACAGCCACUGCCACCUUCGCCUUACCACCCCAGCCUCCUGCCUUACUUCCUUUCAAUGCUGCCAGUCCAGCCCACAGGUCCUGCGAUCAGUCUGGAGCUGGAUGUAGACGAUGGAGAAGUGGAAAACUAUGAGGCCCUCCUGAACCUCGCUGAGCGUCUGGGAGAGGCCAAACUCCGAGGACUGACCAAGGGAGACAUCGAACAGCUUCCUUCCUAUCGGUUCAAUCCAAAUAACCAUCAGUCUGAACAAACACUGUGUGUGGUGUGUAUGAGUGAUUUUGAGUCCCGCCAGCUGCUGCGAGUUCUGCCAUGCAGCCAUGAGUUCCACGGGAAGUGUGUUGACAAGUGGCUGAGGGCCAACAGGACAUGCCCCAUCUGUAGGGCCGACGCCUCAGAGGUCCAGAGAGACUCAGAGUGACCACUUGGGGGAGCCAGAUGCUCCUAGUUGUCUGUCAAACACGUUCAGCACUACCUGCUCCUGAUGUAUUGAUACACGUGUACGUGCUACACACACACACACACGCACACACAUACACACACACACACACACACACACACACACACACACACACACACACACACACACCACUGCCUUGUGUUUUUGUGCAGCACUUUCUGCUUGUUUAUCAUCCUUUCAAUCGUUAUCCUUCUACAUUUGAUCUGAUUCUCAUCAGAUUCAACAGUUAUAUUAUUGUUUGUUCACAUGAAUGCAGGCGCUCACAUCUUUUGGUGAAUUUCACCCUGCCUGACCACUAUUCUACUAUGGUGCAGUGUGGUGUGUGUGUGUGUGUGUGUGUACACGUGCAUGCACCACAACUGUGCAAGUGUUGUUUGGUCAGCCCUGUAAUGCCGGGCUGUGGUACAAGACUGUGUGUGUUUUCAGUAUGUGUGUGUGUGCGCGCGUGCAAGAUUUUUAGAUGUCCUGGAGCAUGCCUGAGUGUCUGUCGUGUAUCAGACAAGAGUAACGACAUGGGAGAGUUUUUGCUCUCAUGAGUGACUGACUUUAUUUCCUGUUUGUACGUUUAUGCACUGUCUGUCUGUAUGCAUACUCUGUGUGUAUGUAUGUUAUAGACCUAAAUCUUUUUCUCUAGUUUGACACUAAGGGUCCAUGCUGCCACUAUAUUUCUCGGUUGCCUAUUUGAUCCAUUUGUUUCAGUAGAUUAUUAUUAUUAUUAUUAUUAUUAUUAUUA